CACGGCACAUCGCACCUGCUGAAGCUGUACCAGACCUUCCACGCCCUGGUGAUGACCGAGCUGGAGGACGACGCCGAGGAGGAGGUCGAGGCCGAGGUCGCGAGGCUGGAGGCGGCGGGCGACAUUCAGGGCGCCGCGGCUCUGUCCGAGAAACCGCUGGACGUGGACGUGGUGAAAGUUGCGAGGGAGGUGAAGGUGGAGACCAUGAUCAAUCCAGGGCGGGCGCGGGCGGCCAGCAGCAGUACGCAGACCCCCACUCCAGAGGGUCCCGGGGGCGCGGCCCGCGGGGCCGCGGCCGCGGAGCUGCUCUGCGCCCGCGUUCGGCAAAGGUGGGUGGAGGGGUUGCUUAGACAGAUCUUGAACUGGGGUGACUGCGAGGAGACUGUCGACUGGGACUCCUUUCUUUGGAUUACUUUGAGAUUCUGCUCUUUAUCGCGUAUAGAACUGGCCCAGACCAUGUUUGUUAUCAUUCAGAGGGAGAUGCGUUCCGUGAACAUGCACUACGUCACCGCCGACGAUCUGAAUAAUUUCUAUUACGCCCGGUACAGACUAUGCCCCAUCAAGUCGUUCAGCAGUGCAGACAUCGAUUUCAAGAGCGCGGUGGCGGAUUACGCCACCGACUUCACCGAGCUAGUGCAGCGGUUCACUCAGCUGCUCAACCCCCUUCUGCAUCUCCAGCAGUCGCUGCAGGAGAGCCUGCCCAGCGCGGAGUUCUGGGAGAGCCUGGACCGGACCGCCUCCUUCCCCCCAACACCCGCAGGAUCACCUUCGAGUUCUUCACGAUGCAGUCGGCGCGCGUGUACCUCUACGGAGACCCAGCCCCCCUUCCGGGAGUCCUGCGACAUGCUGGCUCCCGAGGCCCUCGGGGCCGAGGCCGACCAGUGGCUCCUGCGCGUCAAGUCGAGGGUGAAGCAGGGUGGCAUGUCUCAGGUGUCGGUGUGGGGGGAGCAGCCGCCGCCCGAGUUGUUCGACCUCCUGGAGAGGAGAAGAGGUCGGAGAGGCAGGCCAACCGGAAGCGCACCUUCCUCGGAGUGGAGGUCAGCGCCCGGGAGGCCCGGGAGAUCCCCACGGUGCCCGCGCCGGACGCGGCAGCGGCGGCCACGGCGCAGCCGCCCCAGCCGGCGCUCGCGCAGAAGCGGCCGCAGCAGGCCCUGCCCGCGGGCACCUCUGUGGGCGGCGUCGGCGCUCAGCCGAAGGCGACGUGGGCCUCCUCCUCGCCGCAGGCCGGAGCCGCCGGCGCCACGGCGGCCAAGGGCCUUGUGGCGGGCGCGACUCCUCUGGACCUCUCCCUGCGGGCGGCGGUUCUCGACGAGGACCCCUGAGGGCAGCGAGCCCCUUCAGGUGCUGCCGCCCCGGUGGAUGAAGCACUGCACGGUGGCGCCGGCGCCCAAAGUGUGGGGGCCCGACCCGCCCUUGCCGAAGGUGCUCGGGCGGGCCGUGCAGGGCGCUGCGCUGGAGGAGGGGCUCCCGGCCGGGUGGGCCAGCGCGGUGGACCCGGAUUCUGGGGCCACGUACUACUACAACCGCACGCUGAACAGGACGCAGUGGGAGCGCCCGGACGAGUGAGCCGCCGGGCUGGGCAACGCCGUCGCCCGCCCCCCGGGGGCCGCAC